GUAAAGUUCUCUUUAUACUAAACACUCGAUUGUUGUCCCGUUGUAGAAAAAUUUAACAGAUAUUUUUUACAAAAUCGUCGUUUAGUACAACCAAAGUGCCCUUUAAAAUGGGAGUGAAAUUUUUGGAGAUUCUUCGACCUUUUAUUUCAAUUCUUCCUGAGGUCGCGAAGCCAGAAAGACGAAUUCAGUUUCGUGAAAAAGUAUUAUGGACAGCUAUUACUCUUUUUAUCUUCCUUGUUUGCUGUCAGAUUCCUUUAUUUGGCAUCAUGUCCUCUGAUUCGGCUGAUCCAUUCUACUGGAUACGUGUCAUUUUGGCUUCUAACAGAGGAACGUUGAUGGAAUUGGGUAUAUCUCCUAUUGUGACUUCAGGUUUGAUUAUGCAGCUUUUGGCAGGAGCAAAAAUUAUUGAGGUCGGUGACUCUGUAAAGGACCGUGCUUUGUUCAAUGGUGCUCAGAAAUUAUUUGGUAUGAUUAUAACUGUUGGUCAGUCAGUUGUGUAUGUUAUGACUGGAAUGUAUGGUGAUCCAUCUGAACUUGGCUCUGGAAUUUGCCUCAUCAUUAUUAUCCAGCUAUUCUGUGCUGGUCUAAUUGUUUUACUACUUGAUGAGCUAUUGCAGAAAGGAUAUGGUCUUGGGUCUGGCAUUUCUUUGUUUAUUGCAACAAACAUUUGUGAAACAAUUGUUUGGAAAGCAUUUAGUCCGGCAACUGUCAACACUGGAAGAGGUACUGAAUUUGAAGGGGCAGUCAUUGCUUUGUUCCAUUUACUGGCAACAAGGACAGACAAAGUUCGAGGAUUACGUGAAGCAUUUUACCGACAGAAUUUGCCUAAUCUUAUGAACCUCAUGGCAACAAUCUUUGUGUUUGCUGUAGUAAUAUAUUUCCAGGGAUUCCGUGUUGAUUUACCUAUCAAAUCUGCUCGCUACCGUGGUCAGUACAGUUCUUAUCCAAUCAAGCUUUUCUAUACCUCAAACAUCCCCAUCAUUCUUCAGAGUGCUUUGGUAUCCAAUAUAUACUUUAUAUCUCAAAUGCUGUCUGUGAAAUUUGGUGGACAUUUCUUAGUGAAUUUGCUUGGAACCUGGGAGGAAGCGUCCGGUGGCCCAGCUCGUUCAUACCCUACAGGUGGUAUGUGUUAUUACAUGUCGCCUCCGGAAACACUGUCUCACGUGAUUCAAGAUCCUGUACAUGCUGUGGUCUAUAUCAUCUUCAUGUUGGGCACGUGUGCUUUCUUUUCGAAAACAUGGAUUGAUGUUUCGGGCUCAUCUGCUAAAGAUGUUGCCAAGCAACUGAAAGAGCAACAAAUGGUUAUGCGUGGCCAUCGCGAUAAGUCCAUGAUCCACGAGUUGAACAGGUAUAUUCCUACUGCUGCAGCUUUUGGUGGUCUCUGUAUUGGUGCCCUUUCCGUUCUUGCUGAUUUCCUGGGUGCAAUUGGUUCUGGUACUGGUAUUUUACUUGCUGUAACAAUCAUUUACCAGUAUUUUGAAAUCUUCGUCAAAGAACAGAGUGAGAUGGGAGGAGUUGGUACAUUACUCUUCUAACAUUUCGUGACAAUGGGAUAUGAUAAUCUGAAAUAUUUUACCAAAGACUGCACUAAUGCUCUAUAUAAAGAACCAGUUGGUAGCGCCACUGGGAGAAGAACUUUCGUACAAUGGUACGACUCUGUCAAACGUCCAUUUCUGAUUUUUGUUUAGCAGUCUUUGUUAUUAGCGUGAAACAAGCACGAAUAUUUUUAAUUCUUGUAAAGUUGAGAAAAGUUUCACAACAUUUUAAUCAAUUCCGCUAAUGAUGAAUUAUUGUGCGUGGUCUGUGAAUCUAUUAAAGUUGGUUUAAAAUUUUUA